AUGACAAUAACUGCUCCAACAUUUUUUGUUUUGGUUUGCUCGGGCCAGAUAGAGUCUGCUCAUGGAUUGGAAGAAGGCAUUUCACAGUUUGCAAAAGGCCGCCAAGCUACCACUGUCACCGACCUAGGACAUCCCAUCAAGCCAUGUGUUUGGAAUUUUCCAGUCGAUAUCACAUUCAAGGCUACUAAUCCAUAUGGAUGGCCACAACUCCUUGUAACUGUGUAUGGACUGGACACAUUUGGUCGAGAUGUGAUUCGAGGAUAUGGAGCAGUACGAAUUCCGACAACCAGUGGGCAGCAUACACUCUAUAUAUCUAUGUUUGUUCCCAUUGCAACAUCACCUUUUAAUCAAUUUUAUUCGUGGAUUCAAGGUCGUCCACCAGAAUUUCUGGAUCCUAAAUUCGCAGCAAAAAGUAAUGGUAGAGAAAUUACAAGGGUUCGGAGUCAAGGAACAGUCAAAGUUCAGUUGAAUGUAUUGACAAAGGAUCUUGAAUCUUUAGGAUAUAUAGUUGAUUGUCCACGAGCACGGUAG